CCGCCCCGCCUCGACGGAGGCGGAGGAGACUGUGAAGAUGGAAGAGGAGACGGUGAAGGUGGAUGAAGAGACGGUGACUGAGGCGAAGGAAGAAAUGAAGGCCGAAGAGGUCGGGAUCGAGGAGGGGAAACCCUCGGUUGAGGAAUCAGAGGCCAAGAGCUCUGUAAAUGCGGAAGACAUAGGGGAUGUGAAGGAGCCUCACGAAGAAGAAGAUAGAGGUGAGAGGUUAGAGCUCGAAGAUGAACCUGAGUAUGAAGUUGAGGAAGAGACUGCAGUAGACUAUGGAGAACAAGAAGUGGAGCAUGGUGAGCAGGAGUUGGUGGAGGAGGCAGCUGAGGAAGAUGGUGAAGGAGACAUUGGCGACGAGGAAGAAGCUGAGGUCGCAGACCAAGAAAUGGAUGAUGGUGGAGAGGAUGCUGAGGGUGAAGAAUAUGUGGAUGGUGAAGAGGAAGAAAAUGAGGUUGAUGGUGAGGGGCAAGAACACCAUGAGGUUGUAAAGGAACAUCGCAAACGGAAGGAAUUUGAAAUAUUUGUUGGUGGCUUAGAUAAAGAUGCAACUGAAGAUGAUCUCAGGAAAGUGUUCAGUGCAAUUGGCGAAAUCACUGAAGUUAGGCUCAUGAUGAAUCCUCUGACAAAGAAAAAUAAAGGAUUCGCUUUUUUGCAUUUUGCAGCCGUUGAACAAGCAAAACGUGCUGUUUCGGAGCUAAAGACCCCAGUGGUGAAUGGUAAACAGUGUGGUGUUGCCCCCUGUCGAGACAGUGACACACUCUUUGUUGGGAACAUAUGCAAGACUUGGACCAAGGAACAUUUGAAGGAGAAAUUGAAGAAUUUUGGAAUCGAGAAUCUUGAGGACUUGAGCCUGGUUGAAGAUACAAAUAGUGACGGAAUGAAUCGUGGUUUUGCGUUUUUGGAAUUUUCAUCGCGUUCUGAAGCAAUGGAAGCUUUCAGACGCUUGCAAAGGAGGGAUGUUUUUCUUGGUACUGAGAGAAAUGCAAAGGUUUCUUUUGCUGAUUCUUUUAUUGAACCAGAUGAUGAGAUCAUGGCUCAGGUCAAAACCAUCUUUAUUGAUGGUUUGCCUGCUACAUGGGAUGAAGACCGCGUUAAGGACUAUCUAAAGAAAUAUGGUCUAGUUGAGAGUAUUGAGCUUGCUCGGAAUAUGCCUUCUGCUAAGAGGAAGGACUUUGGGUUUGUCACUUUCGACACGCAUGACAAUGCUGUUACAUGUGCUGAAGCCAUAAACAACAAGGAGUUGGGAGAAGGAGACCACAAGGUUAAAGUAAGGGCUAGAUUGUCAAGACCUCACCAGAAAGGUACAGGAAACCGUGACAAUUGGGGGGAGAGUAGGAUCGGUCGAGGUUUUUCCAGAGGCGGUCGCAUCUCUUAUAGUCGUCCUCCACCUCAUAGGUUCCCAGGACGGGGUAUCAGACCUAUUUUUAGUACUCGUGGUGCACUAACAGGUGGUCGUGGAUUUAAGCGUCCUAUUCCAUUCAGAGGGAAGCGCCCUUUUAUGGCUGUGGAUGAGAGGCCUCGACGUUUGCCUCCACCAGAGAGGUCCUAUGAUAGGAGGCCACCAGUUCCUGUAUAUCCUAAAAGUAGCACGAGAAGGGAGCACAGUAGGCGAGAUGAACCUCCUCCAAGAAAUAGAGCUGUUACUGAAUAUCCACCUAGAAUACCUAUCGAGAGACGCUCAGCUUACAGGGAUGAGUACUCUGACAUCCCACCCCGUAGUGAUCCUCGAGGUCCAGAUAGGAGAGCGUACGUAGAAGACGGUUAUGGGCGAAAACCUGAAAGGCCUCCUCCGACUUAUCGAGAAGGACCCAGCCGAAACUAUGAUUCAUUUUCAGGAUCCAAGCGCCCAUACUCGGAAUUGGAUGAUGUGCCUCCUCGAUAUGUUGAUGUGAGCAUGCGCCACUCAAGGGCUCGUUUGGAAUAUGGUGUUGGCGGCAGCAGUGCCCAAUAUGACGAUGCUUAUGGAGACAGGUUUGGACCCUCUCAUAUGGGAUAUGGAAGUGGUCGCAGUUCUCUUUCUGCUCAAGAUGGACUGUACAGCAGCCGUCAGGGCAUGAGUUAUGGUAGAGGUUCUGCUAGCGGUAGGGAUGUUGGUGGAAUGUAUUCAUCAAGCUAUAGUAGCAACUAUCCUCCACAAGAAUAUGAUGUUGGUGGUAGCUCCUAUUCCUCCCUGUAUUCUGGUCGUAGCUCUAGUGGCAAUGGGUACUUAGGUGGCAGGGGCUCUGGUUCAUACUAUUAAGAUACUGUAGCUGGGAUGAAACUAACCCAGGUCUACGGCUGACUUAUCACGUUUACUGCUGUUCAGGGAGUAGUCCAAGUAGGACAAAUUUUCAUUUUCGACCAUUUUUGAAAUUUACUUGGCGUUUUCGACAUUCUUUGCACUUAAUUACCAAUUUUGAGCCAGAGGUGGCUAAAACUGGGUUGAAAUUGAUAAAUAAGUGCAAAGUUGAUCGAAUUUGAUAAUUAAGUUUUAAAAAUAGUCGAAAAUGAAAAUUUGUCCUGUAAAAGUAUGAUGCAUUAGUUAAAGAAAUAAGGGCUCAACUUUAUCAAGGGUUGCUGACAAUUUAAAAUAAGAUAGUUUCUAUAAAAAUUACAUUAUAUUAUUUAAAGCUGAAAGUUUUUUAAUUGAGACCAAAACAUAACAACUGAGUCAUUUGCCUAUGGGUCAUGCAAUCAAAGUUAUGGUGUAUAAUUCUUUGGUUCUCUUACCCAAAGACAACUUGUUUAGUUUUUCAUGGCAGCUUGAGUACUGGCCAUGACAGCUGACUUGAGACUGAACUGCAUUUGACAUUGAUUAUGGUUCCGCCAAAAUGAAGGUAGGAAACAGCCAUAUAAGGUUUGCGAUGAGAAAGAGGCGUGUCAGAAACUUCGGAGAGGAUUUUCUGUGCGUUUGGUUGCUUGCAUGCUUUCAAAUAUCCAGGAAAGAUUAUAUGAUAAGUUUUUAUUUCUAGAUGACCUUAUUUAAUUGUACAACAUCAUUGUUAUCGUUAUUGUCAGUGUUUUAAUAGUUGCACAUCAUCUCUUUUACUGCUCUUUGCUCUUUUGUUGUGA